UUGACGGCUCCUAGGCAGAAAACACAUGUAUUAUCAUUAAUUUUAUUUUCUUCUCAUUGCAGGGGUAAAUUCGCGUCGGUGCGCAAGAUCCGGCACCUGGUGUCGGGCGAGGAGUACGCGGCGAAGUUCAUCCGCAAGCGGCGGCGCGCGGCAGAUUCGACGCGCGAGAUCCAGCACGAGGUGGCCGUGCUCGCGCUCUGCGAGGGAUGCACGCGUGUCGUACGUCUGCACGAGGUUUACGAGACGCGAUCAGAAGUCGCGAUAGUCCUGGAACUGUGUUCGGGUGGGGAAUUGCAGCAUCUGUUGGAUGCGGAGGAGCGUCUGUCAGAGGGCUCUGCGAGACGGGCGCUGCGGCAUGUGCUCGAGGGCCUGGCGCACCUGCACGCACGCCGCGUCGCACACCUGGACCUCAAGCCCCAAAACCUACUACUCACCGAUCGCAACGAGGAACUGCUCAUCUGCGACUUCGGCAUCAGCCGCGCGAUACAGCCCGGCGCACAGGUCCGCGAGAUCCUCGGCACAAGGGAUUAUGUUGCGCCAGAGAUCCUGUCAUACGAGCCGUUGUCUUUAGCGGCGGACAUCUGGUCCGUGGGAGUGCUGGCAUACGUGCUGCUCAGCGGCUACUCGCCCUUCGCCGGCGACACCAAGCAGGAGACGUACCUCAACAUCGCGCAGUGCCAGCUGUCCUUCCCGCGGGAACUGUUCCGCGGCGUCUCACAACGCGCCAUACAGUUCAUACGGGAGACCCUUGUGGUUGAUCCAAAGGGUCGUCUCACAGUGGAAGAGUGCCUGGAGCACCCCUGGUUGAAAGACGACGCGGACUUGCCGCGCGCCAUCGAGGGAGUCGGCUUCGACUCCGCGCUGGCCAGCGACGACGCGGACUCCGACGAUGGCGCACAUAACGGAAUCAACGGCGUCAACGGUGUCAACGGAGUCAACGGUGUCAAUGGAGUUAACGGUGUCAACGGAGUUAACGGUGUUAAUGGAGUCAAUGGUAUCAACGGUCACAACGGCUUGAACGGGUGCAAUGGAAACAGUAGCGUGCACGACGACAAAGAGGAGGCGGAGGCGGGCGAGUGCGAGCGCGAGAAGGCGCAGAAGCACGCGCACGCGCGCGACACCUCGCCGCCCUUCCCCGACGCGCCCUCCACGCCCAAGGUAUCGCGCAAAUCGCGGCCGUCUCCGCCGUCGGUGCUGGCGCUGUGCAAGAAGUUCCAGCCGGACUACGAGAAGCCGGCCACGCUGUCGCACGCGCACGGUCACGCGGCGAGCGGGGCGGCGAGCGGGGCGGCGAGCGGGGCGGUGGGCGUGGCGGCGAGCGUGGCGUCGGGCGGGGCGGCAGGCGGCGAGUGCUUGUGCGCGGGCGCGGCGUGCCUGCGCGUGCGCGCGCGCCAUGCGCCCGACCGCGCCGUGCUGUGCUAG